UAGAAUCCGAACAACAAAAACAAAAAUUUACAAUCUUUAAUCAUCGAUGAAUUUAAAUUAUCGUUACGUUUUUUUUACGUUUCAUCAACAUCAUACGGUUGUUAAAAAUGGUUUUGGAAAUUGUUUACGAUUCUAUCGCAAACCAUUCAUGUUGUAUCCAAAAUGUACGUUAACCACGUUUGUUAACCACAAUUCAAGGAUAAUUGGUUACCGAUUCUGGCCAACAUCAUUAUCAGUACGGUUAAAAAAUCGAUUUCUAUGGCCACAAAAUCAAAUUCAUCAUACAACAAUCAUGUGGCGAUCAUAUCGAUCAAUUGAUAAGGAAAAAAAUCGAAGUAUAGCCAUGUCGAUUACAGCAUUGGUCGUCAUUGUUCUCGGUUUAAGCUAUGCAGCCGUACCAUUAUAUCGAAUAUAUUGUCAAAAAACUGGUACAGGAUUACAAGCGGUAGCCAAAGUGGAUGAAAUGAAUAAAAAAGUUGCCAACAAAAAAGAACCAAAUCGAAAGAUUCGUGUUAUAUUUGAAGCAGAAAAAUCAUCACGUUUAGCAUGGAAUUUUCGUCCUAGUCAAUCAUCGGUUGUUUGUUCGCCAGGUGAAACCAUAUUAGCAUUCUAUACAGCACGUAAUGAACUGGAUCGUCCUGUUAAUGGUAUUGCCACAUACACCGUACUACCAUUUGAAGCUGGCCAAUAUUUUAAUAAAAUUCAAUGUUUCUGUUUCGAAGAACAACAAUUGAAUGCCAAUGAAGAAGUAGAUUUGCCUGUAUUUUUCUUCAUUGAUCCAGAAUUUAGCCGUGAUCCAUAUCUAUUCGAUGUGGAUGAAAUUAUUUUAUCAUAUAAUUUUUUCGAAACAAAAGAAGGUUUCAAACUACCAAAACCACCUGGUUUUCGUGCCCAUUAUCCAACAGCCAAACAGAAUUGAAUUGCUACCAUUAACAUGUCGUGAUAUAUAUUAAUGAUUGUGUUAUAAAAUAAAAUAUAAAAUCAAUUUUAUUCGAUUGUUUUUAAAAA